AGAGGCCGGGGUGCCCCGCGUGGGGCCUGGUCCGCGCGCGGUGGGGCCCCACAGUCCCACGGCUGCGGAGGGAAGUCACUAGCUCCCGAGCACCGCCUGCCCCCCGCCGCCAUUUUGCACCCGGAGCGUGCCGCUGCGGGCCGGGUGGGGCGGCCGAGGGCGGCGUGCCGGGCGGGCAGCGCUGAGACGCAACUGUCGGGCCCGGCCGCGGUGGGAAAGCCCUGGCCGGCAGACGGGGGCCGUGCGACGCCCCGGCCUCUCCGCUUCCGCGCCUCGAGAGCGCGGCUGGCUGGUGCCCCGGCGGGCUCACAGUGUGACAGCCCCACGCUGGGUACAGCACGCCCCGUGUGUGAAAUGCUUUCACACCCUUCUCGUUUGGGCCCACACGGCAGCUCCUGGCAGGAGGCCGGGGAAUGGACUGUUGUUCCAUUGUGCAGACAGAGAAAACUAAGGCUCAGAGUUGGAGGUCAGAGCUAAGAAGUAUUCAGAAGCCGAGUCAUGGAUCCACCUGCUCGGAAAGAAAAAUCCAAAGUUAAAGAACCUGUCAGCAGAGUUGAGAAGGUCAAGCAGAAAUCAGCCCAGCAGGAGCUGAAGCAGAGACAAAGAGCAGAGAUCUAUGCCCUCAACAGAGUCAUGACCGAGCUGGAGCAGCAGCAGUUUGAUGAGUUUUGUAAGCAGAUGCAGCCUCCCGGAGAGUGAGCCACCCGGGUGCAAACUAGAUGGGACCCGGGGCUUUGUGAGCUUGUUACCAGGUUUAAGCUGAGAUGGCUCAUUUGGAGCCUUACAGAACUAGACCAGAGGAACAUCUGCAUUAUUCCUAAAACUGGAUAAAUCUGAACUUCUUGUACGUACUUUGGCUUCAUUGGUUCCUCCAAUCUGAAUUGGCCCAGUGCUUGCUGAAGAGACUUGUUUUAUUCUGUUUUAAAAUGAUAGAUCAAAACUUGUUUUAAGACAGUAGAUUUUUUUAACCUUUUUCUAUUGUUUGAGAAAAUGUCACUGUUUCUGGUGAAACUGUAAAUCUCCAAAAACACAAAUAAAAUACUAAAUAAAAUG